AUGUUCAGAGCAGCCGGACUUCCGGGUGGCGGUCCCGCCCCGCUUUUUCUUAAUGAGUGCAUCACGCACUUCACUGUGACCGCCUGCGUCUACUUGUUACUGGCCAUCGUGUCUGCCUGUGCCCUCAUCAUCCCCAACGUCAUGGACGUGGACGCCGACUGCGAAGACCAAGUCACCAUGGCCCUCGAAACUUCGGCCGGCAUCGGCCUCACUGUUUACUGCGCCGGCCUCUUCGGCUAUUACCUCUACCUCGCCUCGCGCAAGUGGUGGUCCGACGAGCAAACGCUCUGGUACAACGCCGUCCAUUGCAUCCUCAUCUUUCUCGCAGCCCUCUGCCUUGUAGCCAACACAGAGAUCAUGGCCUCCAUCACGAAAUGCCACACAACCGUCUACAGCAAAUGGUAA